AUGAUAGCAGCCUCCCAGAUAGGUCAAAGCGCGAAGCUGUGCGGUGCUCCGGUCAAGAGCAGAACGUCCAGGAAGUCUGGCCGCAGGAGCUGCGUGGAACAAUGCUCAACGAGAGUAAACGAAGAGAGCCUGCUCGUUAAGAGCGGAAAAAUAGCCAUCAAUGCUGCUGUUGCGGCGGCCCUCAUGGGCGCUUCUGGACCGGCUUCUGCGUCCAAGAUUGCCCAACUCUACAGGGAGAGCCAGGCAGAGGAGUCCCUCUUCGCAAAGAUCAUCAGGGAGCGUGGAGACAAGCUUCCUGAGAUCUCAAUUCCCAAGGGUACGUCAGCACCAAGGCUGGAGUCUAAGGAGGAGGGGGAGGUGUAUGUUCCACCCAAGCAGGUGGAGCUUGUGGAUAUACCCCUGAAGCUAUCAGAGCCAGUUCGCACCACCACAGUCGCGCCGUCCUCUCGCGUGCCGGAGCCAGAGCCUGCCAAGAAGAGCAGCGUCUCUCAGGAGGGUGUUGUGAAGAUCAUUGGAGACCUUCCAUCUCCUCCACCGGCAAAGCGCAGUGAAGCACCCAAGGAGGCCCCGAAGCUGCCCUUCAGCUUCGCAGCCCCCAAGGCGGAGGAGGCUCCUAAGGUGAGCGCCCCAACGCUGCCGCUGCCGCCGCCAGCACCGGCUGCCAAAGUGGAGGAAGCCCCCAAGGCAGAGCCAACCCCUGUCGCAGAGCCGCCCAAGCCUUUUGGCGGCUUCUUCUCAGCUCCCGGAACGGAGACGAAGCCGGCCCCAGCCGAGACCACGGGGGAGGCAGGCAAGCCAGAGCUGCCCCAGCAGGAGCCGGCAGUGACACCGGGGACCAAAAUCACAGUGCCAGAGUCGAAGAACAUCGCUCCAGAGGCCAAGGUGGAGUCUCCGAAGCCCGCUACCAAGGCGCCUUCUGCUGAGGCCCCCGCCGCCAACGACGACCCCUUCGCCAUCUUCAGCCAAUCAGCUGCUACCCCAGCUCCGCAGAAGGCCCUAGCCCCGAAGCCCGAAAAGCGCAAGCCCUCAGAGGAGGCAGCAGCUGCCGGCACCGGCUUGCCUGUGUGGGUGGGAGUGGGAGGCUCAAUUGCAGUGGCAGUGGCAGCCUUCGUGGCAAACGGCAAGAACCAGGGAGAGGUCAGGGCUGCCGAGGAGCAGCUGAAGGAAGGUGCUGAGUCAGCCGCUCAGUCGACCGCUGACCUGGCGAAAGACUUGGAGCCAACGACUGCCAAGGGAAGCAAGGAGGAGUGA